AGCUCAAAACACGAACAGGGAGGCAGACUGGAAACUAUAUUAACCCUCCCAAUUUAUGUAUAAAAGGGGCACAGGUGGUCUGUUUAUGAGAAUAGGAAGUUAUGGGCUGCCCCUGUAGUGAAGGGAAGUUAUUGUGUCUGUGAGCAGGAGAGUCAGGACAACAAAGUCCUUUCGACCAGUGAUCAAGCACUGAACUGGACCAGCGCAGAAAUUUUGGAGCGGCCCCAGAGCCUCCGGCUACACUCACAGCGCAUCAGCUCAUCUGAUGGUCCUCACUUUAUCUCAGCCCGGUUUAAAGGGACCUGGUUCCGCGGCGAAAUGCCUCCCAAAGAGCCACAGAUGACUGGACUUGAAGCACUGACUGCAGCUAAAUGAGACUCUAGAAUGGAAAUGUUGCUGAGGGGAAACCUGAGGAGAGGAGUGGGGCUUUGCCUUCUGCUGCUGGCUCUCGUACACGAGGCCACGGGCCAGAGGCGAAAGACAGGACGCAGGAACAACUACAGGCUGCAUGAUGAUGGAGGAAAUGCUUCAGGUAUGACAUGUUCACUGGAGGUGGCCUUCAUCCUGGACAGCUCUGAGAGCGCAAAAAUAUUCCUGUUUGAGAAGCAGAAGGCCUUCGUCCUGAGCUUCAGCACACGGCUCGCCACGCUGCAGGUAGCUGGCUGGGACCUGAAGGUGCGGAUGGCUGCGCUUCAGUACAGCAGCUCCGUGUCUAUAGAGCACAGAUUCUCAGCCUGGAAAGACCUGGAUUCAUACCACGGUGAGGUCAGCACCAUGAACUACAUCGGCCACGGCACCUACACCACCUACGCCAUCACCAAUGCUUCGCAGCUGCUGGUGCAGGAGACGCUGCCAGACAGCGUCAGGGUUGUAGUGCUGAUGACAGACGGGGUCGACCAUCCCCGCAACCCAGAUGUGAUUGCAGCUGCAGCGGAGGCCAAAGGUCAUGGCAUAAAGUUCUUUGCUGUAGGGUUAUCAGACAUCGCCCAGCAGAGUCAGAAUAACGCCAAGCUUCGGGCCAUUGCCAGCACACCAGCUCAGCAGUUUGUCCAAAGUCUUCUUGAUCCCCAGCUGGAAGAGAAGCUGCUCAAAGAGAUGGCUGCAGUCGCUUUUGAAGGGUGUCCACAAGCCCAAGUGUGUUUGUGUGAAAGAGGAGCGCGAGGUCCUCCAGGAAGCCCAGGUAGAAAAGGAGACGCAGGCUUCAGAGGGUCACCUGGUCUCAAAGGAGCGAGGGGGGAACCUGGCUUGAAUGGUCGACCUGGAAAUGAUGGUCCAGAGGGUCGUCCAGGUUACAAGGGCAGCAAGGGGGAGAGAGGAGACUGUGGCACCCCAGGGGAAAAGGGUGACAGCGGACCCGAGGGACCUCAAGGCCUACGAGGCUUACAAGGAGAACAGGGUUCAAUAGGACCACCAGGAGACUUGGGUCCCGAGGGCCCAGCAGGACCUAAAGGAGACAGAGGACCCAAUGGUGUUCCUGGACCACCAGGGGACAUUGGUAUUGGAUUCCCAGGAGCCAAGGGUGAAAAAGGUAUUCAGGGAAGACCGGGUCCCACAGGUUCUGUUGGGAUAGGAGAACCGGGACUACCAGGUCCCCUAGGACCACCUGGAGCACAAGGAAACCCCGGACCGCGUGGAGAGGGGUUUCCAGGGCCGAAGGGUGAUCGAGGAUAUGAUGGCCCAAGGGGCAACCGUGGGCUUCCUGGUGUUGGGGUCAAAGGUGACAAGGGCAGUCUUGGACCACCUGGGAUUCCAGGUCCACUUGGUGCUCCUGGUUUAGGACUUCAAGGAGAAAAGGGUGAUCUAGGCCCAGUUGGACCUGCAGGACCCAGAGGAGCUCAAGGUGUCGGAAUAACAGGACCUAAGGGGAACCAGGGCCUCACAGGUGAGCCUGGGCUGCCAGGUGAGAGAGGAGUGGGGGAACCAGGACCCAAAGGGGACCCAGGGGCCGAGGGGUUACCAGGGAUACCAGGUCUACCAGGAGAGGAUGGAGCCUCGGGACAAAAGGGUGACCUUGGGUUACCGGGUCCUCGGGGACCUGACGGGGCUCCAGGUAAAGGUGUCCCUGGAGACAAGGGAGACAGAGGGGACAGGGGGACCAGAGGCCUGCCAGGUGCAGUUGGUCCUGUGGGGCCGAUGGGGUCAAAGGGGGAUCCAGGAAAUAUGGGGCCAGUAGGUGCAAGUGGACCACCAGGGAGGGGUAUACCUGGUGCCAAGGGGGAACCGGGUCCACAAGGUCCAGCUGGCGCUGUGGGAGAGCCGGGGGUCGGUUUAAGCGGUCCUAAGGGUGACAGAGGAUCGCCAGGCCCCGCUGGUGCUCCUGGACUGAAAGGUGAAGGCUUCUCCGGCCCUCCGGGACUUCCGGGGCCUCCUGGGUUGUCAGGAGAGACUGGACCAGAAGGUGUUGGUUUACCUGGACCAAAGGGAGACAGAGGCUUGCCUGGACCUCCCGGACCUGCAGGGCCGCCAGGAAUCGGCCUGGUUGGUUCGAAGGGCUCAGUUGGCCAAAUGGGAUCACCGGGUCCACAGGGGUUACCUGGAGAGGGCAUUCAAGGACAAAAGGGGGAGUCUGGAUUCCAGGGGAUCCCCGGCCCCAGAGGUCCGCCUGGACAAGGACUGCAGGGAGACAAGGGGGACCGAGGGUUCAGAGGUGAUAAGGGCAAAAAGGGAGAGAGAGGAGAAGCUGGAGAGCCGGGAAACAUCGGACCUUUGGGCAGAGUGGGACAGAAGGGAGAGCCUGGACUUACAAGAGAUGAAGUCAUCAAAAUAGUGAGAUCCAUAUGCAGUUGUGGGGUGACCUGCCGUCAAACGCCCCUGGAGCUCGUCUUCGUGAUCGACAGCUCGGAGAGCGUCGGCCCCGAAAACUUCAACGUGAUUAAGGACUUCGUGAACGCCCUGAUCGACCGAGCGUCGGUCAGCCGGGACACCACUCGGGUCGGGGUGGUCCUCUACAGCCACAUCAACAUGGUGGUGGUCAGCCUCAGACAGGAGACCACCCGGGACCAGAUCAAGUCUGCGGUGCGCUCCAUGACCUACCUGGGCGAGGGCACGUUCACCGGCAGCGCCAUCCAGCAGGCCAGCCAGGUGUUCAAGGCAGCGCGGCCAGGUGUGAGGAAGGUGGCCAUCAUCAUCACAGACGGCCAGGCCGACAAGAGGGACUCGGUCAGUCUGCAGAGCGCCGUGACGGAAGCUCACGGAAGCAACAUCGAGAUGUUUGUGGUCGGGGUGGUGAACGAGAGCGACCCUCUGUACGAGGAGUUCAAGAAGGAGCUCAGCCUCAUGGCCUCUGACCCCGACAGCGACCACGUGUACCUGAUCGAUGAAUUCAAAACACUCCCAGCUCUUGAAAGAAAACUGCUGAGUCGUAUCUGUGAAGACGGAGAGAGGCGUUUGUUCAGCUCCGUCCCCGGCUCCAGACUUCCUCCAGGAGUCGCUGAGGUCUCCAGUAACGUGCGGGAACCCCCCUACAGGACGGACACGGACACACCCACCUUCACAGGAGACUUCAGGAGAGUUCAGAAAGUGCCCGGCCCUCCGGCCCCUCGCCUCAGCCUCAGCAAAGAACCCAUCACAGCACAGAGACCGAAGCCGGACGACAGGACCGCCACAGACGCUCAGAGAUUUCCAUUCUUCGACUGGGAGCCCUUCAGACCGGUAACAGAGUUCCUCCCGCAGUUUGAGGUGAAGAAGCCCUCAGUCCAGAUGGUGAUGACCGGAGCCGUCGGGCCGGCUGGUCCCACUCUGAAGGUCCCAUCUGAGAAGACGCCGGCACCCUCUCCGCCGACCCCCCCGCUGCUGCCCUCUGACUCCAACAUGUCAGCGGAGCGGUGCAGCCAGGUCCUGGACCCAGGGCCGUGUCGCGACUACGUGGUGAAGUGGUACUACGACGCCACGGCUAAUUCCUGCGCUCAGUUCUGGUUCGGAGGCUGUUUGGGAAACGGCAACCAGUUUGAGACGGAGAAGAGCUGCAAAGAAACCUGCGUCAAGGCCUAACGUGCGCAUGCCUGCGCUCACGUUCAUGAAAUGUUCACGAAACUUCCCGCUCUGACUUCACAUGUGACUUUGCCACCAAGUUCACGUCAACUUCACUGCCUUAGUGUUUUUCUUGAAGCUUUUCUUUGACAAGGAUAGGGAAACAAGCUGCAUCAUUAAAGCAAAAUUAGAGAUCAGAUGGCGUUUUAGCUUUUUAAAUUGUUCAGUAAGUAUUUUUAAAUCAGUUUUUUUUUCUGUUGGUCAGAGGGGUUUGAGUAUUAAUCGUGUGAACCAAGCCGAGCUAAUGCAGAAACAUUAUGUCUGUGAUGUUACUUACACACCGUUGAGCAGUUCUGUAAAAUAAAACAUUUUAACCACUAACAUUUCUACUCAGAAAAAUAAUCCUUUUGUAUAAUUCAAUGAUGUAUUUUUUUACUUAAUGUCUUUUUAUGUUUGUUUUUUUAAUAGUGUGUAAUGUCCUUAAAAAACAAAUAAACUUUUUAAUCACA